UUAUCUCUAUAUUCUUUUUAUUAUUAUUACAUUUACACACAGAAUCGAUGCCCCUGUGAAAAUUUUCACAGUAGUUUCUUUUCUGGGUUUCAGUGUGUUCUUUUUGCUCCGACAGCCCCUGAAAUUCCCUCAUUUUCAUCGAAAACACUUGCCUGAUUUGAAGAGAUUCUGGCAAAAACUACUGUCAUGGAUUCAGCUGAAAAUAUGAGGCCAGCAGUAGAAACAUUAGCACCGGAUGCUCCAUCAAGCUACCAAUUGGCUCCAAGGACCGAUAACUCUACUCUGCUGAUCGGGCCACCGGGUUUUUCACCGCCUAUGGGCGGUGGAAGCCUGGUGAAGAAGAAGAGGGGUAGGCCAAGGAAAUAUGGCCCAGACGGGGUGGUUGCUGGUAGUGGUGGCGAGACUGGCCGCACAUUGUCACCGAUUCCCAUCUCUGCUGCGGGCCCGCCAAUAUCCGGUGGUUACUCGGAGAUAAAGUUUGGUGAUUCGGAAGGAAGUGGUGGCAGUUUGUUUGGUGAGAAGAAGAAAGUGAAAAUGAGUUCUGUAGAGACCAAGUCAAAGCAUGGUUAUGGGAGUAAGGAUUUAGGUGACAGGAUUGCAUCUGGUGGAAGUUUUACGCCUCACAUGGUUACUGUUAAUCCGGGCCAGGAUGUUACCUCUAAAAUCAUUUCGUUUACUAAAGACGGGCCUCGGUCAGUAUGCAUUCUCUCAGCCAUCGGUGUUAUUUCACAUGUGACUUUGCGCCAUGCCAGUUCUUCUGUAGGAACCGUAACAUAUGAGGGAAGAUUUGAAAUUCUUUCGUUAUCUGGAUCUUUCACACCAGGCGAGUUUGGAGGAUUAUCAUCUUGUGAAACUAAGAUGAGCAUAACGUUAUCGAGCCCUGAUGGACGUGUGGUUGGGGGCCAGCUUGGAGGAGUUCUCACCGCUGCUGGUCCCGUUCAGGUUGUUGUUGCCAGUUUUCUACCGCACAUAGGCAGUCCAAUUGAGCCAAAACCGAAAAAACAAAAGCCAAUCAUUAAAUCCCUGACCCCCACCCUACCCCUCACUGAAUCUCGUGCUGACGUGGACUAUCAGAACCUAAACGAGCAUGCGCGAGUAAGUCCCAAGGCAGAAUAUCCCAACUCUACCCCUACGCAUAACUUCCAACUAGAGAACCGCACAACUGUAAGCGUGCAUGAUUGGAGAAGAGCUGUUACGGACAUGAAUGUGUCAUUGAAUGAAGAUUAGUUGUGUCAUAUCUAUUGCUCUUUUAUAACUUUGUUCAUUGAUUAACUGAUUUUAGUUGCAUAGUGGCAGAUGCUAGGAUAUUUGAGGUUAACAAGGGUUUUUAAUCUUAUUGUGGCUUAUUUUUAGAAGUCAAAGUGAAAGUCAAAGGGUAGGAGUUAUUGAUAUUGUAUGGUGAUUGUUGUUGUUGCUUGUUUUUUGAACCCUUUUAGGAAUCAAUGGGAAUGAGUUAUUGUUGCUUGUUG